AUGAGACUCGGGGCCAGGUUUCUUUUGGUCAUUACUGCCGUACUAGGCUUGCUCGUAGUUAUACAUCUCGUACGAUCAGCAGCUCCCACUGAAGACGAAUCGACUGCUCCCAAAUUCUUUGAUAAAAGAAUUAAUCCAGAUGUUUGCUUCUAUGACCAUAGUUGUGCCGCUCCUAAAAUUCUAUUUAGGAUUCAAGGAGAACAUGCCAAUAUACAUCCUUUUGCAUGUUUGAAUGAUAUAAGGCUUUUCCGUGAAUCCUUGAAAGAUGGUCUGCACUUCGCCUCCCUUCAUGGUAGUACUGGCGACAUUUUAGAGACGAAAUAUUUCGAUUUAUCUAAGAGCGGAGUGAUCAUAGAUUGGCUGAGCUCGUUGGCUGAAGCUACAAUGGUUAUUGCUAUAUCUACCGGUGAUGUUGCAGAAAAACUUUCAUCGCAAGUUUGGCCAACCUUAGCUCUUUAUGGAGCCACGAAAGUGCAGUUUUGGCACUCUGGUCAGUCCUACACGAUGAUCGGGCAACGUGGGCUUAAACAAUCCGCUUAUGAGCAAAUUAUGAGUAUUGGAUCUACAACUGAAGAUGUUCUUCAAGGUUGUUUUGAUGUUCCAUUGGGUGAACUUGCUACAGAGAAUAUUACUAAAGUAAGAAUCGAAAGAAUUUACAAAGUCUCCGGAAAAGAUUUAUCCGGACUCUCGCAGAUGUACACUAAUGUUACUCUAGGAGAUGUUUAUGAGAAUUGUGGAAUGGACAACAAAUGUGACAAAGAUGAAGUUCCCAUGCAUCUAUUUUCUGGAGAACAUAAAGAUGAUUUCCCGAAAAUUUGUGUUGGUGAACGAAUGAUUUUCGACAAAGGUUUAAAUGAAGCUGGUCGCGGUUUGAAUAUUCUGACAUUGGAUUCAAGAACAGGGAUCGUAAGAAGUGCAGCUCAUUUCGAUACCUACGAAGAUGAUUCAACAGCGUUAGAGGAGUUUCUUGACACAAUACCCACGGGUGACAUAGUUGCCGCUGUAAGCUUCGAUGAAGCAUCUAAUAUGCUUUCUGACAUGGCAAGAAGUAUUCUAUAUGAGAUGGGGUCGAGCAUGAUUCAUAGGUUGAAGUUCAGAGCGUCCUGGUUUUUCAUUGGACAAAAGGGCAUUUCCGCUUAUACUCCAUUUGAAGAUUUGAAUAUACCUGCGGGCAAUAGCUGGGCAAAGCCAGUGAGAGCAUGGUUGUGCUUGCCACUAAAACUUAAAAAGUGGACUGGUCUCACUCCAAAAAUGGUUGUCAAGCGUGCUAGAAAUGUUGCCAAAAGACAUUUUUGCGCCAAACACGAUCAUGUUUCGUUCUGUUCAGAAACAGCUAUCGAUGAUCCGGUGUUGCCUCCAGGAAUGUUUUUGGCGAAAAAUCCUGAUCACCCAAUGUUUAACAUUCCAAUACUAAUAGUAGCAGGUCUGUCCACCUCCAGUCUCCUGAGCACUCUGCAAACCUUGGUUCAACAAGAGCAUCUGAACUUAGACAUGGUCAUCAUUGCGCACGACAAGGAAUAUCUCGAAAAUUCACAUGUUGCGUCUCUAUUUCACAUGAAAUCACUUUCUUUCAACGGAUCUGCUGGCUAUAAUGACAUGUUGAUUUCUGCAAUUGGAGAAACAUUCACAUUGUUUCCAUCGUCCAUAGCUGUGGCCGUCAUAACGGAAGAUGUAACUUUGUCUAAAGAUUGGCUCUCCUACUUUGCUGCAUUUGUUCAUCGAAUUGAUAAUUCGUCUUCUAUUGAAGUUGUGAACGCGUUCAAUCCGAACGGUUUCACUAACACAUCUCUUCGCGGUUCUGUAGCUUACCGUACUGGCUAUUCUCCGAGUUAUUCUUAUAUGAUUACCCGUUCAUGUUUUGAUUCCAAAAUUCGGAGUAAGCCAGAAUGUUGUACAGAGCAGAACCACUGGAAGUUGGAUAUAAGCGCAGUUACACCCGAACUUUCAAGAGUCUCCGUCUCUCCACCACCUGCUAUCGACCCAAUACCUUGGGAAAUUCCAGUGUUGUUUAAUCGACCUAGGAGAGCGAGUCGUUCGGAGAGUGUCUUCUCUUCAGAAAUUAUGAAUGACAACGCCUAUGACGAGUCCAUCAAAACACUUUUGGUGAACUCAAGUGUUGUAGACUUUAAUAACAUAUCAUGUGAAAACUGGAAGAGCUCAAAAUUUAAAUCAAAAGUUCUCACAAUAGUGGUGGAAUCUUCAAACGAUCGCAAAGCAGUGUCGUCAUGCUUUGGCCUCUCCUAUCAGCCUGGCUUUCUCAAUGGCUGGUAUAAAGAAACUCUGAGGUUCUCUACUAAAGUGUUUGAAGAUGUUAUCGUAGUCACAAAAAAUAGUCCGUUUCAUAAUAUAAUCAGAGCGGUAUCGUCGGCAUAA